GGCGGGAGACUUAGGUGGAGGCCGCGCCCGGAGGGGAGGAGUCAGGGCCGGCCCCGGCGGCCGGGCCCGGCGGGGCCACACAAGGCCCCUCCGAGGGCCGAGCCCUUUUUCUGAUCCCGCUUCGCGAGCAAACGCAGCCCCGUGACGUCACAGCCGUGCCCACCCCCACAGACUGGUGUCACCUGAGGCCCCUACCCGCUUCAGCUCGCGCUCCCUUACUGUCCUGUUCACCUGGCUCGGCUGAUCUCCGACGGCACUGCACAAAAUCCACCACCCGGAAGACUUGCUGCAGAGAACUACUAGUACUUUCUUCGCAAACUCUUGAGAACCCAGCAGUGAUGUGGAGGUGGAGACCCACAGGAGCCCCGGACUUCACCUGAGCUACCUCAGCAGUCACCAGGGGUGGCGAGAAAAGGAAGAAAGCCCCGAGUUAGGGGAGACCAGGAUGCCUGACCGGGACAGCUAUACCAACGGCACUGGGAACAGCAGUGGAGGCCCUGGAGGCGGUGGCAGCGAGGAGGCCAAUGGGGCUGGGGCAGGCAGUGGCGGGGCCAGCUCAGAUGCCAUCUGUAGAGACUUCCUGAGGAACGUGUGCAAGAGAGGCAAGCGCUGCCGCUAUCGCCAUCCAGACAUGAGCGAGGUAUCCAACCUGGGGGUGAGCAAAAAUGAGUUCAUCUUCUGCCAUGACUUCCAGAACAAAGAGUGUAGCCGCCCAAACUGUCGAUUCAUCCAUGGCUCCAAGGAAGAUGAGGAUGGCUAUAAGAAGACGGGAGAGCUGCCCCCUCGGCUGAGGCAGAAAGUGGCAGCCGGCCUGGGCCUCUCUCCGGCUGACUUGCCCAAUGGCAAGGAGGAGGUCCCUAUCUGCCGUGACUUUCUCAAAGGGGACUGCCAGAGAGGAGCCAAGUGCAAGUUCCGCCACCUGCAACGGGAUUUUGAGUUUGAUGCUCGAGGUGGAGGAGGCACUGGUGGUGGGGGUUCAACAGGCCCAGUCCCCCCAGGACGACGUCAUGACCUCUAUGAUCUCUAUGACCUCCCUGACAGGGGCUUCGAGGACCAUGAGCCAGGCCCCAAGCGCCGGCGAGGUGGAUGCUGCCCCUCAGAUGGCCCCCACUUUGAGUCAUAUGAAUAUAGCCUGGCUCCCCCUCGAGGGGUGGAGUGCAGACUGCUGGAGGAGGAGAAUGCCAUGCUCAGGAAGCGGGUAGAGGAGUUAAAGAAGCAGGUCAGCAACCUGCUGGCUACCAAUGAGGUGCUGCUGGAACAAAAUGCCCAGUUCCGCAAUCAGGCCAAGGUCAUGACCCUGAGCUCUACUACACCAGCGACUGAGCAGACUCUGGCCCCCACAGUGGGUACUGUUGCCACAUUUAACCAUGGCAUUGCCCAGACUCAUACUACUCUCAGCAGUCAGGCUCUACAGCCUCGCCCUGUGUCCCAGCAAGAACUAGUGGCCCCUGCUGGAGCGCCAGCUGCUCCCCCAACUAAUGCUGCACCUCCUACUGCUCCACCCCCCCCACCCCCACAUUUGAACCCUGAGAUCACACCACUGUCAGCUGCUCUGGCUCAAACAAUUGCCCAGGGAAUGGCACCCCCUCCUGUCUCCAUGGCUCCCGUGGCUGUAUCUGUGGCCCCUGUGGCUCCUGUAGCUGUCUCGAUGGCUCAGCCCUUGGCAGGAAUCACAAUGAGCCACACCACCACUCCCAUGGUGACUUACCCCAUUGCUUCCCAGAGCAUGCGUAUCACAGCCAUGCCACACUGAUGGGGCUUAUGAACACUCCCCUGGUAUAGCCUCCCAGGCUGGGCCCUUACCCCCUCACCUAGCCCUCCCAGGCCCUGCUUGAGGGACUUAAGGACUAAGACAAGAGACUACAAGGAGUUUGCUACUGAGAAGGGUCUGGGCUGGUGUGUUUUCUCUCACUCCCUUUUGUGAGGGUCUUCUUGGCUAUCUUCAAGCCUCACACACAGCUUGCGGAGGAGUGCAGACUGAAGCCAGCAGAGAGGAAGGACUGGCUGAGGGGCUUUAUGUUCCCUCAUGGGAAGGUGGGGAUGUCCCUGGUCUUGUCCUCUUCUGUACAGCACAGGUUCCAGCACUGGCUUUGGAAGUAAAAUAAAUGCCAUGCCCAGAGGGAAAGCCAGGGAAGAUUGGAAAGUGGGUGGCCAGGAGAGAAGGCCUGAUAGAAGCUUUCAGACAGUUUGGGGCCUAGCUGAGUUGGACAAAACAGGAACUGCUCUUGGGCCUGUGGGAAGGCGGGGGCCAUAGUAUUCCAGCCCAAGGACUAGGGGAGAAUUCAUUACCUUGGCUUGGCCUGGAAAUCCAUAGGGUAGGGCCUACCACUUUCCAAAGAAAUUAAAAAGCAAUUCUUUUUAA